UGGACGUCAUUUAUUUACGUACACUGACGUCACGCGUAAGGUCAAGAGGAAAGAAGCAUGGCCGCCGUGUUGAGAGGGUCUCGGUGCCUAGUGAGAAGGUGUUGCAAGCAUGUUGACUUUACGUACGUUUCCACAAGGUCUAUGGCCUCGAAGACACAGGUGGGGUUUGUUGGUCUGGGAAAUAUGGGAAAUCCAAUGGCGAAGAAUUUACUGAAGCAUGGAUACCCAGUCAUUGCUACAGAUGUGUUCCCGGAGUCCUGCAAGGAAGUGCAAGAACUAGGUGCUCAGAUUGUGGAUAACCCUGCUGAGGUAGCAGACAAGGCAGACCGUAUUAUAACCAUGCUCCCCUCUAGUCCCAAUGUCAUAGAAGUGUACACCGGACCCAACGGCAUUCUCAAAAAGGUAAAGAAAGGCUCCCUACUCAUUGACUCCAGCACGAUUGACCCAUCUGUUUCCAAAGAGAUGGCAGCUGCUGCUGAGAAAAUGGGGGCAGUUUUUAUGGAUGCACCUGUAUCAGGAGGUGUGGGUGCCGCCAGUUCUGGUAAACUCACUUUCAUGGUCGGAGGAGCAGAGGAAGAAUUUACUGCAGUCAAAGAGCUACUCAGCUGCAUGGGAGCUAAUGUGGUCUACUGCGGUCAAGUUGGAACUGGACAGGCUGCUAAAAUCUGUAACAACAUGCUUUUAGCCAUUGGAAUGAUUGGGACCUCAGAGACUAUGAACUUGGGAAUCAGACUUGGUCUUGAUCCCAAACUUUUGGCCAAAAUACUGAAUAUGAGUUCAGGCCGGUGUUGGUCCAGUGACACGUACAACCCUGUGCCAGGUGUCAUGGAGGGAGUCCCCUCUGGGAAUAACUACCAGGGAGGCUUUGGCACCCAGCUGAUGGCUAAGGACUUGGGUCUCGCUCAGAACACAGCAACCAACACAAAGACUCCUGUCCCUCUCGGAUCCUUAGCCCAUCAGAUGUACCGUAUGAUGUGUGCACGAGGUUAUGCAAAUAAAGAUUUCUCCUCCGUGUUCCAGUUCCUGCGUGAGGAGGAGGGCCAGUAAUGUGACCCUCCACCCCGUCCACCGCCUUGCCAUGCCUGGCCCUGCACACGACUAACAUAGCAUAGUUAUGGAGCAUUUUGCCUCAAGGACUAUUUUUUUUUGUUGUUGUUGUUGUUGUUGUGAAAGACAUGGAGGCCGGAGAGCUCCAACACAGUCAGAGAUCAUAAGCACUUAUCUCCUAUUGGAAAUCAUGUUUCCUGUGUGACCUGGCCUUUUUUUUUAAUAAAACACUCCUUUUCGUUUUUAGAAGCAAGUGAAUUGUCACAGCAUCUGAAAGAUUUGUAGAAUCAUAAGUUUGUUUAGGAAAAACAACUACACAUACGGUUUAGUGUUCAUAUUUAUCUAUGGUUUGUGAUAAUUUCUUUGUUAGUUUUUUUUUUUUUUUUUUUGUCUGUUGGGGUUAUUUCUCUUGACAAUGAUAUUGUUAUUUGAGUGUCAUAUCCUGAAAAUAAAGACAAAUUAUGUCUGA